AUGCCGGCAAAAGUGCGCUGGACGGCUGAGAAUGACCAGAUACUCCUCGCGAAGAUGAUCGAAGCACAUGAUUUCAGUGUCGAUACCGCAAAGAUGGCUACCCUGUGGCCGGGAGAUGAGGAGUCGCGACCGACUGCCCGAGCUAUUAAAGAGAGAAUAGCAAAGAUCAAGGAGAUCUCAAAGACGUCGUCCGCGAGUAUUCUGGCCGGACCCUCGACCCCAGCUAAGCGUCCACGCAACAAGGUCGCCAAGACCCCCAAGGGAUCGACUCUGGCUCGAAAGAGCCGAAAGAAGAAGGAAGAGGCUUCCGUCAAAGUCGAGUCCCCUAUCAAGGUCGAAUCCACUGACGAGGAUGAAGAGAUCCCUGAGGAGGCCAGUGUCAAAACCGAGGAUGCCGCAAUCAAAACCGAGGAGGCUGCAGUCAAAACCGAAGAGGCCGACGUAGACGAGAGCGACGUCGAAGCUGUUGGAGGUCCCAGUCCCUGGUCGGAUCUCGAUGUUGAGGCCUAA